AUGACUCGACUAAUCGCAACUGUUGAUCUCUCGAACACGGGUACAGCAUACUACGCUCCAGCAACAAUCACUCGCGCCGGUUCACUCGUACACGUAUCGGGCUUGCCCGGCAACACCAAAGAUGGCAAAGUGCCGUCAGACUACGACUCGCAGAUUCACCUUGCACUGCUCAACCUGCGCAAAGUAAUCAUAGCUGCCGGAUCGACAGUAUCAAACAUUGCAAGUUUGACUCUGUAUAUUGUCGAUUACGAUGCCUCCAAGCGCCAACACGCCCGUCACGUCCAACGGUUUCUGGGGACCCAUCGGCCCGCAAUGACACUCGUCCCGGUACAGAAACUGGCGGUACCAGGCUGGUUGAUCGAGAUCAACGCUGUGGUUGCUCGCCCAGAGGCACCUCCGGUUCCUCGAAGCCUUCCGCCUGUGCAAGAGACUGCCGAUGUCGUCAUUAUUGGUGCCGGAUUGGCGGGCCUUUCCGCCGCUCAUGAAGUCCGGCGUGCUGGGCUUAGCUGCAUUGUCCUGGAAGCUCGGGAUCGUGUGGGCGGCAAGACAUGGAGUCAGCCCAUGGAGGGCAGUGGGGAUAGAGGGGUGUUCGACCUCGGCGCGGCCUGGAUCAAUGAUACGAACCAAAGCAGGAUGUAUGAGCUUGCAAAAAGAUAUGGCGCCGAGUUGAUUGAACAGAACACCAAUGGCAACUGCGUUCUCCAAGAUUUCGAUGGCAAAUGCAGUCCUUUCGCGUAUGGAGAGCUACCCAAGGCAUGUUCUGAGAUUAGGGACAUGGCAGAAGCCGAUUGUCAAGCUCUCGACGUCUUCAGACCAAAGGACACAUCCCUCGAUUCUCUCACAUUCGAGGCCUACCUUAAAUCUCGCGGUGCCGACAGUGUUGCUCUUGCCACGGCAACUAUCUGGACACGAGCCAUGUUGGGCCAAGAGCCGAAAGACAUCUCAGCACUUUACUUCCUGAACUACUGCAAGUCUGGUGGUGGCUUAUUGCAGAUGCGGUCAGAUAGGAAAGACGGAGGACAGUACCUGCGAGUCCGACAAGGCACGCAGCUGUUCUCUAAGGGGCUGGCUUCAUCAUUGCCCGAAGGUGUCGUCCGACUCUCCAACCCCGUUCAGACUGUCGUGCAGAGUGAGAAUCGCUCCGUCAAAGUCGAAGCCGGCGGAAAGGUCUACUCUGCGCAAAAGGUCAUUACCACCGUACCUGGUCCGGUUCUCAAGACGAUUUCCUUCCAACCGUCGCUCCCCCACACGAAGCUGGCCUGGAUCGAAUCUCAAACUUACGGGUACUACACGAAGGCCAUGAUGGAGUUCAGCGCCCCUUUCUGGGUAGAGAAGGGAUUCUGCGGCUUGGCUCAAUCCUUCGUCGGCCCUGCUUCUGUGGUCCGCGACACGAGCAGCCCGGUAGACGAAAAGUUCGUCUUGACAUGCUUCCUGGCCGGCGAGCCUGGAAAGGCCUGGGCAGCAUUGACAACUGCCCAGCGCGAAAACGGCCUACUUGAACAGCUAAGCCAGCUGUAUGAUAUUGAAAAUAUUCGUCCGCUCUUCAAGCAAAUGGUUCUCUAUGAGUGGGUCAACGAUGAGUUCUCGGGAUGGGGUUGCCCCUGCACAUCACUUGGCCCGGGAGUUCUCGACACGCUUGGUGGAGACGGAUUGCGGGAGCCGUAUCGUGAUCUCCAUUUUGCCGGAACAGAGACCGCGGGUGAAUGGAAGGGAUACAUGGAGGGCGCCGUGCGAAGCGGAGAGCGAGCUGGCGCUGAGGUUGUGAAGAGUCUCAACGGCGGGAUAGUGUCGCGCCUUUAG